CGUAAUUUAAUUAACAUUGCCGUGUUCCCAAUUGUUAUUGAAUGUGUUACGCGUUGGUCCUGUUUUAAAAAACGUUCUGGUUGCUUUGUUUCAAGACGUUUUUGCAAGCUGGCAAGGUGGCUUGUGGAGAAACGAGAGAGUGUUCCGUGUUUCUCGUGGAAAUGCGUCUCUGAUUGGCUCACUCCUCCUGCUCUCAAAGAAACGCGUCUCUGAUUGGCUCAGUCCUCCAGCCUUGGGAGAGAAUGUAAUGGGAAACAGAGUCGCCACUUCCCCGGAUGGUACUGCACUAUAGGGGCGCCAACGGAGGCGUGCAGGCUCCAUUCAGGGCUGUGCUCUUUCGACAGCGACCCCUAGGCGAGCUGUAGGCACGGAGCAACCGGAGUGAGCAGGCUUUAUGUAUGAGGCUUUGUGCUGUGUGUGUAUCUGAGAGUAGCAACCAGCUGAUAGCUAAGCUAAGCUAUGUUUCGGACCACCAGACGUUGCUUGUUUUGAAAACAAGCAGAAAAAAAUUACUCGACAUGUUUUUAGAUAAAUGGGUCGAUAUAAACCUUUGUGGGCAACGCCUUCUUUCGACGUGACGAAACACAGAAAGGCUUUCGUGAUUCGCUCGUUUCUCUGCAUUAUUGAUGUAAAUUGGGAAACACCGGGAAACACAGCCAGGAGAGUUGACGCACCGCUAUGAGAGCCUUGCAAGUGAGUUUAACUUGGGGUGACCGUCCGAUCUUCGAAAGGAGUGACGCGGCCACCCUGGCGUUGUCCACCUGCCCCCGCUCCUUCCGGCAGCCCCCCCAUCGAGGCCGGCUGCCCCCCGACCUGUGGCACCUCCUGCGCCCCAUGGCCACCUCCCUGGCCAACGCUGCCAACUUCCUCAACCUCAUCUUCCAGGCGAGCGAGCUGCGCGAGAUCACGGUGCGCGAGGACCUGGAGUGGUACCACGCGCUGGUCCGCUCCUUGCUGGAGGCCGACCGGCCGGGCCUGGUGCGCCGGGCCAUGCUGACCUUCGACGCCGACCCGGUGGCGGCGCGUCCCCAGCUGUUCCUGCGGGCCUCCAGGGGACCCAGAGGCGGGGCGACGCGCGUCAGCAUCCCUCUCGGAGCGGAGCAGCACCUCCAGGAGAUCCUGCUGCAGGACUUCACCACCGCCUGGGACAACCACCACCUGGCUCCUCCGGCGCCCGACGACAGCUGGUUCACGGCGCUGAAGUUUGCCGACCGGCAGCAGGUGCUGGCGGGGCUGAGCAAGAGGGCGUUGGUCAACGACCUGGUGACCCUGGAGACGCCCAAGUGGGCGCGCGGGGACAGCUGGGUGGCCAACUGGAGCAGCGUGCGGUGGGCCAACGCCACCUUUCUGGAGUGCCAGGACGGACGGUUCCUGCCCGGUUGGCUGCUGAUGCUUACCAUGCCGUUCUACGGGCUGAAGCCGGACCUCACGCCUGAGUUCAGAGGGGUGCUGCGGCUUGACGUGAACGUUCAGGGCUAUGAUAUCGACCAGUGUGCCACAGGGGACGUGUGGUUCGCCGACACCCAUGAGUGCAACCGCACCAGCAUGGUGUGUGAAGCCAUCCCUGGCCAAGGCUUCCGUCUGGGUCAGUACUGCUGUCGCUGCAAAGAGGGAUACUACAGUCCUCAGCCAGGUAAGCAGAACAGGGACAUUGGGGGCGGGGCCUGCUACCCUUCCAUGCCGGUGUGCCUUCCCUGCCACCCGGACUGCGGGCCCUCCUGCGGUGACGGCGCCCCCUGCUGGGUGCAGGAGGACUGGCUCCUGAGGGCCGCCGUGCUGGUGGCGCAGGGCCUCUUCAUGCUGCUGGUCUUCCUGUCCAUGCUCAUCACAUACCAGCACAGAGGAAUCAAGAGGAUCCGUGCGUCGGGCCUGCUGCUGCUGGAGACGGUGCUGUUCGGCUCCCUGCUGCUCUAUUUCCCCGUGUUCAUCCUGUUCUUCCGGCCCAGUCCCUUCCGCUGCAUCCUGCUGCGCUGGGUCCGGCUGCUGGGCUACACCAUCGUCUACGGCACGCUGACCCUCAAGAUGUACAGGGUCCUGAAGGUGUUCCUGUCGCGUACGGCCCAGCGGAUCCCCUACAUGUCCAGUACUAGCCUGCUGCGGCUGCUGGGCGUGAUGGUGGCCGUGGUCAGCUGGUUCCUGUGUGCCUGGACCGCCGGCGUGCUGCAGAACUGGGACCGCGACGUCCCCCUGCUGGUCACCUCAGUCACCUCGGCCGGCCAGAAGUUUAGCCAGUGCGACAUCGACCGCUGGGAUUACAUGAUGGCCUUCGCUGAGCGUCUGUUCCUGUGCUGGGGCCUGUUCCUGUGCAGUGCUGCGAGGCCGGUGCCCUCAGCCUUCCACGAGCCUCGCUACAUGAGCAUCGCCAUCCACAACGAGAUGGCGCUGUCCUGCCUGUUCCACCUCCUACGAUUUGCCAAUUCCAGCCUUCAUCCAGACUGGGUACUUCUGCUCGUGUUUACUCACACACACGCCACUGUCACUGUCACACUUGGACUGCUGUUCGUUCCAAAGUUCCUACAAGUGUCCAGGCGCCCAGGGCGAGACACGAUUGCCGCUGAGGUGUAUGAGGACGAGGUGGACCUACGGCGCACCUACCUGAACAACAGCAUCAACUCUGCCUGGAGCGAUCGCAGCGUUGAGCCUGAGGACAUACGGGACGAGCUGAAAAAACUCUACUCGCAACUGGAGGUCCACAAGGGCAAGGUCAUGUCGAACAACAACCCCCACAUCUCCAAGAAGCGCAGCUCUCGCCUCGGCAUCGGCCGCUCCAUCAUGAAACACCUGUCGCGGCAGCCGAGCCGGGACGACAAGGGCGGCGGCACGCACUCCCCGUCGCCGAGCAUGUUCUCCAGCAAGAGGCCCAGCAUCGUGACCUACAUCACCGACCGCUCCCCGAACAUGACCCCCAAGUCCCCGAGCCACUCCGCCAACCCUCCCUCCAGGACGCCGUCCUUCGCCGGCUCCCUGACCCCCAUCCUGGUGGACAAGAGGGCCUCACAGUACUCGCAGCACUCGCAACACUCACACUACUCCCAGAUCUCCCAGCAGUCGCAGCCGGAGUCUCUGGACGCGGGGCCGCCGCCGGUCUGCAAGUCGCUGAGCGCCCAAAACCUGGCGUUGGACAAGAACUUCCUGCAGCCGCCCGAGGACAUGACGCGCCACCAGAAGUCUCUGAGCGCCGUGGUGACCAGCACGGACUACUACCACAUGAUGGAGGAGGCGGCGGCCUCCUCGCAGCAGAGCAGCGCCGCCGCCUCCCCGGUGCUGAGGCACAUGGGCAGCAUCAAGGAGCAGACCACCAGCGCCCUGCAGUCCGAGUCCUUCGACAAGACAGAGGUGUGCCCGUGGGACGUGGAGGAGGAGAGGCGACCCAGUAAGAAGCACGUGACGAUCGCCAUAUCUGUCGAGGAGCAAGGGCAGUCCCCAGGGCAGUCCCCGUUGCAGUCCCCUGUACAGCCCAAUUUGAUCAUCUGCCCGUGGGCCAAUGCUGACACGCUGCCUUCGGCUCAAAAGCAAAAGAGUGUGGACAGCGCGGACUCGGACGGCGACUCGGCCAGGCUAAAGGCUCCCAUCUCCGCCAGUGCUCCGGUGUCACCCUCCGCAUCGGGCAAGCCCAAGGACCUCAGAGUGUUCUCGUUCCGCGCGGCGACCAGAAGCCUCCUCCACGCCAAGAGCCUGACGGGCGACAAAGCCAAGCUCACCUCCACAGUGUCCGUGGGGUCUGGGGAGGUGCAGAAGAAGACCCCUCAGCUGCAGAAGAGGAGCAUGACGACGGUAGAUUUGAAACCCGCUCUCGUGAAGCAAACUGCCGUCAGGCUACCCUCCACCGACUCGGGAGACAGGAGCCCCAUACGAAAAACAAACCCUGAAGUUAUGGUCUGCCCCUGGGAGUCAGACUCGGACCUUGCGGGCAAACCCCCUGAAAACGUGUACGUGAACGUACUCGCGCCUAAAGGUAGUUUAAAGAGUGUCGGUUCAGAGGCCGGCGGCCGAGUCAGACCAGCCCCUCCACCACGGCAGCUGUCCACAGCUUCAUCGUCAGGGGCCACCCUGCAAGUCCCGCCCAGGCAACGAAGCAUAGUGAUAAGGCACAGUGCGGCCGAUGUUUGUCCCUGGGAAACACCACAGCCGCAAGACGGAAGCGGCGGUAAUCCUGACGUGUGUCCGUGGGACGCGCCACAGCCAGAGGCCAACGUGUCCGUAUGUCCUUGGGAUGCACCCGACGCUGCCGUGCCUACGACUAGGAAGGAUUCCCUCACCGUGAGUGGUGCUGUGUUGCCGGGCAAACCAGCCGAAAGGGUGAUUUACGUCAAGGGGGCACCAUCGCCAACACCAAUGGCCCAGCAGAUGGGCAGAUCGCCAGCGCCACCCAGGAGGCAGUCGACCGUGUCGAUUAACAUAUGCCCCUGGGAAGAGGAACCAGCUGCAGCGCAAGAUGGCGCUCGGUCAAACGUGUGCCCAUGGGAGAGCGACGCGCCAGCCGCUGCCGCUGCAGGAGGUGGAGAAGUGAAAAAACUACCGUUGAAGAGUUCCCUGAAGAAAACCUCACAGCUGACAAAGCAGACGACAAGCACGGCGGAGUCCUGCCCGUGGGAUUUCCCACAGGAGCUCGAUCCGGGCAAGCUCAACAUCUGCCCCUGGGAGGCGGACAGCCCCAAACCUCCACUGUCAAAGCAGACAGCUGUGGUGCACUCGAGUCUGGACUCCAUCGACAAGAAGGCAGACCUGCCGCAAGCGCAAGACAACGGCGCUCGUGGCAACGUCUGCCCCUGGGAGACAGAAGACGCAGGUCCCGCUGCUGUUGCGCCGGCUCCACAGAAGGCUGCGGCGGGGUCACUGAAGAAGACAAUAACAUCAGUUCAGGCUACCAUUAGUUUGUCCAGACAAGCGUCAUCCACAGCGGAGGCGUGCCCGUGGGACUUCCCUGCGCCACCUCCUGUGCACCCUCCAGCGCCCCCUCCUGGAUCGGCGGAUGUUUGCCCGUGGGACACGGAAGGCGCAGAGCCACCACCUACCGGGACAGUUAAGAGGAGACUAUCCAGACAAGACACCUCUAAAGGUCGGGUCUCGUCGCUCCACAAACAGUACAGCGGUGGUGAAGGUGGCAAAGGGAGCGUCUGCCCAUGGGAGACACAGGAACCUGAACCUGAAAGUGCCAGAGCUAGCGUGUGUCCUUGGGAAACGGAAAGCGUGCCAAAGCCAAUUCCAAAGCAAGAUAGCACGAAAGCGAACGUCUGCCCUUGGGAAACGGAAAGCGCACCACAGAAGACCCUUCAGACACAAGGUAGCAUGAAAGCGGACGUGUGCCCUUGGGAAACAGAAAGCGCACCACAGAAGACCCUUCAGAAACAAGGUAGCACUAAAGCGGACGUGUGUCCUUGGGAAGCGGAAAGCGCACCACCGAAAACCCUUCCAAGACAAGACAGCUCCAGAGCGGACGUGUGCCCAUGGGAAACUGGUGGUAGUAGUGCUAAAGCGGAUGUCUGCCCAUGGGAAACUGGAGACACAGAGAAGGAACCCACCGGAGAUCAGAAGCCCACAACAAAAGGGAGCAUAGUGGUGAAAGCAGACGUUUGUCCAUGGGAGACCGGAGGGCAGGAGGAAACAAAACCCGACGAGGGUGCCGGGACCUCUGGUGGCGCCACCCCAACCACAGACAACACUGCAACAGCAGCAGCAGCAGCAGCAGCAGCAGCACAAAUGUCCACUGACCAAGAACCAGUGCAGUCCCCGACCCUGAGCGUGACCGAUACGGACGGCGGUAGGUCCCCAUUGGAGCGCCGCGACGCUCUGUGCCCGUGGGCCUCGGAGAGGUCGGAACACGACAACAACUCCGACGUCUUCACGUGGGAGGAGAACAUUCCGGAGGAGGAUGAGGACCUGGACGCGGAAUGUGCGGCCGAGGCUUUUGUCUUCCCGGCCGAUCUUUGAGAUGUCAGAUUUUGCAGAGGCUUAGAGGAAACAAUCUGCACUCAUGGGCUGAGUUUCAUUAUUUAUUUAUUAAAUACCACCGAAACCAGCCGAAAUGUGUCUGUUUAUGGACAUGGUGGUAUUUAUU